AUGGAGCCGUGCAAUAACGGCCAGUUCGUGUGCGCCAACGGCCGCUGCAUUCCUGGUCACUUCAGGUGUGACAACGACGACGACUGCCACGAUGGCAGCGAUGAACUCGAGUGUAUUGGACCUGGCAGGGUCUGCACUAUCAGUCAGUUUGAGUGCAUGAAUGGCAACUGCAUUAAGACUCGCUACCGCUGUGACGGCCAAAGCGACUGUCAGGAUUCGAGCCACGAGGAAGACUGUGCCGAUGUCCAGUGCGGCGAAGACAGGUUCAAGUGCGCCAACCAUCGCUGCAUCAACGCGCGCUGCAGGUGUGAUGGCGACGACGACUGCCACGAUGGCAGCGAUGAACUUGACUGCACCCUUCCUGGCAGUGCCUGCAUGAUAACUCGGUUUGAGUGCAAGAAUGGCAACUGUAUCAAAGCUAGCUUCGUCUGCGACGGCGAUAACGACUGUAACGAUAUGAGUGUCGAGGAAAACUGUCCUGAAAGUUGAGGCGUCUGGUCCAGGUUCUCCAGCUCUCAUCCGGUGAUACUGUUUUGCUGACGCACAUUGGACAACGACCAACAUGCAACACAAAUAAACAUACUCCUACAUACCACUACA